UUCGAAACCAGAACAACGGCAAAAGCUCAUUGACGCCCGACGCGCAGCAUGGCAGGCGACGACCGCGCCGAAGAUGCGACCUUCUUUGACAAGCCAAGCGUCCCGACGACGAUCCGCUGGAUCCCGGACGCCGAGGUGUCUCUCUGCAAGGCCUGCGGUCUCCUUUUCGACUGGGUCCGGCGCAAGCACCACUGCCGAUACUGCGGUAGCCUGCGCUACACGAGGUAGACAUACAAUAGGACCAUGUGCGGUCGUAGGCCACGUCUUUUGCGAUCUUUGCACGACGUUCCGCAGCUUGAUCCGCGACGACAAGAUACUGACGUCGCCCGAGAAGCGGUACCUCUCAGUGAACGCAUAUAACCCGCAGCGCGUGUGUGAGCCAUGCUACACGUUGCUCUUGCCCGACCAAAGCUUGCUCUGCGCGACCGCAAGCAACGCUGUGCAGCCCAACUCGAUCAGCGAAGCCGGCUCCAAGCGCUUCCUCAACAGUCCAUACUCGUUUACGCUCCGCGAAGAGAUUCGCAAGGCGGCGUACAGCGUCAAGAACUUCAUGUACGAUGGCGUCAUCAAGGACCAGUCGAUCCCGCUGCCACUGUUGACCAACGCCAAGGGCAUUGCCUUUUUGACAGUCCUCAAGGUCGGUUUUGUCGUCACGGGGCGGGUGGGCACGGGCCUCGUCAUCGCCAAGCUUCCCGAUGGCUCCUGGUCGGCGCCGUCGGCCAUUGCGACUGCUGGCAUUGGCUGGGGCGCCCAGAUCGGCGGCGGUGUUACCGAUUUUGUCAUCAUCCUCAACACCCGUUCUGCCGUCGACACGUUUUGCGCCCAAGGCCAAGUCAACAUGGGGGCCGAGCUCGGCGUCGCAGCCGGGCCGCUCGGACGCGUCGCUGCGGGCGCGAUGGAAGCCGGUCCUGGCGGCAUUGCACCGUGCUACUCGUACUCGCAUUCCAAGGGACUCUUCAUCGGGAUUUCGGUCGAGGGCUCAGUCGUGCUGGCGCGACCGGAUGUGAACCUCGAGUUUUACGGCAAGGAGGUCACCGCCGCGGACCUUCUUAGUGGCCGAGAACCCCCACCCGUAGCUGCGCAACCACUCUAUGAUGCGCUGACAAUGGCCGUGGAAAGUCCUGCCAACGGUCUCAACCGCGGGUCUCUCUCGACGCGGGCGGCAUCCUACAGCAGCAGCAGCAGUCUGCGCCUCUCGGUCCCGGCGCCCGUGUCGGCCCCGGCCGCGAGCUCGGUCGCCUUGUAAUCGCUCAGUGGACGCAACACAUAGUGUACUUCGAGUAAACGACGUAACUACGCUCAACACAUAAUAGCAACCAGCACCUUUGGUUCGCCAG